GGGGGGGGACGGAGGAGCGGCCGGGGUGGGCGAGGGGAAGGGGGCCGCGAGGGCUCCCUCUCCGGGCGACCGAGCCCCAGGCCCCUGUGGAGACCUCCCGGGCAAGGAAAGCGCCGAGGCCGCGGUGGCCCGGCAGCAAGCGAAGGAAACGUUGGCUGGGCGGCACGCGGCCCCGUGUUUCUAGACGCACUCGGAGAACUUCACCAGCACCAACUCCAGGGCUGGGUGUCCCGUGGCAUCGCCCGCCGCGGGGCGGGCCGCGAGGGGCGCCGAGCGGAGCGGCCACCCCGUCCCGAGUCCCCGGCGCCGUGGCCCCUGGGCCCUUAGGGACCCGGAAGGGGCGCGGCCGCAGGAGCCGGCGGGGCAGCUCCGCGGGGUCCUCGCGCGCCGCCCACGUGGGGCCGAGGCGAGCCCCGGGCCGGGCUCCGCAGGUCCGGCCGCGCCCGCGGGUGCCCGCGCCCGCCCGCGUCCGCCCGAGCCCGCGCGUCGCCGUGCGCCAUGGCAGCGGCCGGCGGGCUGCGCCUCCACGUCGCGGAGUCCCCGGCCGGCGGCCCCGGGACGCUCUCCGGACCCCGCCGGGCCCAGGCGAGGCGGCAAGCAGAGGCCACCAAAAGAAAACACCAAGCAUCCGGGGAGGCUCCCCCAGCGAAGCGGAGGAACAAGGCAGCGUUUCUCCUGGCCAAGAAAGCUACUGCUAAAGAAACACAAAGGACUUUUAAGGGGAAGGCACAGAAAACAUUUUCUCCGAGGAAAUCUUUGGUUGGUGUGAGUGACGGAACCCGAGAACAGAAACUGUGCGUUAGGACUUCGUCGUUAUUUAAAAACAACCCUGAAAUCCCAGAGCUCCACAGACCUGUAGUAAAGCAGGUACAAGAAGAGGUGUUCACUUCGGAAGCUUUCCAUGAACUGGACCUCCACCCACAUUUAAUUUCCACAAUAAAUACAGUCUUAAACAUGACUAGUAUGACCAGCGUUCAGAAGCAAAGUAUUCCGGCAUUGCUGGAAGGCAGAGAUGCUCUGGUGAGAUCACAGACGGGCUCAGGUAAAACUCUUGCCUACUGCAUCCCUGUGGUCCAGACACUUCAAGCAAUGAAAUCAAAAAUACAGCGCAGUGAUGGCCCCUAUGCCCUGGUACUGGUGCCGACAAGAGAGCUGGCUCUGCAAAGCUUUGACACUGUCCAGAAACUGCUUAAGCCAUUUACCUGGAUUGUGCCUGGAGUGUUGAUGGGAGGAGAGAGAAGGAAAUCAGAAAAGGCCAGACUCCGCAAAGGAAUAAAUAUCCUUAUCUCGACUCCUGGGCGGCUGGUGGAUCAUAUCAAAUCCACGAAGAAUAUUCAUUUUCGUCGGAUACGGUGGCUGAUUUUGGAUGAAGCAGACAGAAUCCUGGAUUUGGGUUUUGAAAAGGAUAUCACGGUGAUACUCAACGCUGUAAAUGCUGAGUGCCAGAAACGACAGAACGUCUUACUAUCGGCGACACUCACAGAAGGUGUGACCCGGCUAGCUGAUAUCAGCUUGCUCAAUCCGGUCAGGAUUUCUGUCCUGGAUGAACCCCGUGGCCAGUCUGAGCCACAGGGCGGAGCAGUUCCGGAGGCCUCCCUUCUCCCAGCUGGCAGCGAGCCGGACAGCUUUGCGAUUCCGGAAAGUCUCCAUCAGCAUGUGGCCCUGGUUCCCAGCAAACUGAGGCUCGUCUCCCUGGCAGCCUUCAUCCUGCAGAAGUGCAAGUUUGAAAAAGACCAGAAGAUGAUCGUCUUUUUCUCGAGCUGUGAGCUGGUGGAGUUCCACUACCACCUCUUCCUGCAGACCCUGCCGAGCCGCCUCGGGGCCCCGGCGUCCGGGCAGCCGCCAUCUGCGUCCACGCGAUUAAAAUUCCUGCGGCUGCACGGCAACAUGAAGCAGGAGGAAAGAACAGCAGUGUUUCAAGAAUUUUCGCAUUCCAAGACAGGCGUCCUUCUUUGUACGGAUGUUGCAGCUCGGGGCUUAGAUCUCCCUCAAGUCACGUGGAUUGUUCAGUACAACGCGCCGUCGUCACCUGCUGAAUACAUCCACCGGAUCGGGAGAACCGCCCGGAUUGGCUGCCAUGGGAGCAGCCUGCUCAUUUUGGCUCCUUCGGAGGCAGAAUAUGUCAACUCGUUGGCUUCUCACAAAAUCAACGUGUCUGAGAUGAAGAUGGAAGAGAUUUUGUCUGUUCUGACAAGGGACGACUGUUUCAAAGGGAGCCGGUGGGGAAGCCAGAAAUCCCGUGCUGCCGGCCCCCAGGAAAUCCGAGAACGAGCCACAGUCCUGCAGACGGUAUUUGAAGAUUACGUGCACUCCAGUGAGAGCAGGGUCUCCUGGGCAAAGAAAGCUCUGCAGGCCUUCAUCCGCGCCUACGCCACCUACCCCCGGGAGCUGAAGCCCAUCUUCCAUGUCCGGUCGCUGCACCUCGGCCACGUGGCCAAGAGCUUCGGGCUGAGGGACGCCCCCCAGAAUCUUGGUGUCGCAGCUGUGAAGAGAAGGAAAGCAAACCUGAGCAGCACCUCUCACAUGGGACUGUCCUCCAGUAAUUCUGUGAAGCAAGUCGUUCUCAGCACUGCUUUCAUCCGUGCCCAGACAAGACUAAGACACACCGGCUCUGGUUUCUUCCAGGCGGUUUUGAGGGGCAGGGCGCUGCCCGCCACCCCUGCUACGUGUUCUGGGCGGGGCUGCAGCCGGUGACUUCUCUGCCCGUCCUCCCAGAGGGAGAAGACGCCUCUCAUCCACUCCCAGGCACGAUGGCGCCGGCCUCGGGUCGCCGUCUGGGGUUGGAGGCGGCUGCUAGCUCUCCAGGCUGACUUUGAUUUUGAGUGUGUGAGGCCUGCGGUCAGGUCUGAGCGUGACCUCCCGGUGAUCCGGAAGCCAGGCCGUCCUACCGCCGUCUCUAAAAUGCUGGCACUGCGAGAAGAUGGAAUAUGCCUGCCGGCUGAUUACUGGUGGGAAACUCGUAUUUUGCUGCUUCCUCUCCCCGCAGAUAAACGUGGCUCCCGUAUUUUAUUGUUUGCAGCUGAUGUACCUUUAUGACCGGCCAUUUCAUUAGCAAGUGUUAAUCCAGAUAGCAGCUCCUCAGACUGGGAUGUCCUCAGCUCUUCCCCAGAUCCCGGAAAACGGAGCGGCAAGGCAGGGAGGCUGUUGGGAGGGGGACUUGGAGCCAGCAUUGUCCUUACCUUGAGAAGCCACUAGGGAGAGAGCAAGCCGCCGCCUCCUGCUUCGGCUGACCCUGCUAGCAGAUGGGCACCAGGACUACUAUACCCCUGUGAGCAGGGGAUUUAACAGGGCUUUAUUUAGGGAAGAAUGGGCUGAUUAGCUGAUAAAGAGCAUGUAAGAUGGUAUGGGGCGGCCUUUGAUGUCUGGCUGGCGCGGCAGGGAGCCGGGUGGUGAGUGACAGCAGUGUGUCACAGGAUUACUCUGCCCGUGACAAUGCUGCUCUCUGUUCUGGCCAUGUCACCACUCAGUUACAGCUACUUUUUGGGUUGUUAUGCCCUUCUUUUGAAGGCAUUUCUCUCCACUCUCACACCCCCGCACCCCACCCCUCCUCGCUAACUCAGACGGGAACUCAGGGGUGCGGCAGGCACCGUUUCUCGUUUGGGGAAAUCUUGUCACUCCCGCAAGAAGAAUGACUUUGCAGCUAAUCUGCACACGGACCGUAUAAUCGUGGUCAGGGUAAGCGGCAGAGAAAACGUGACAGAUUUUCCACACCUCAGUCAGGGCUCAAGCAAAUGCCAGUUGCUGCUUUUUGAGUGCUGGGAAGAAAAAGUCCAUUAAAGCCCACGAAGUGCAGAGAGUUAUGCUGUGGCCACAGUGAUUGUUCUGAGCUCAGGCGUCUCCUCUGAAAUCCAUCUGUCAAGAAAGAGCGGUUCCCUGUGUUCUGUAUGGACGGAUCAAGUAAUAGCCCUAAAUUCGUCAAAUUAUGCCGCAUUCCACUUGAUGGGGUUUACUGCCUGGAGUAGUUCUGUGUUCGUGCAAACCUCAGAUACCUGCAAACCAAAUCCACCUCACGCUGCACGAAAUCUGUCUCGCUUUGCCGUGCACCAGACGAGGAAUUUGGGUGUUAGAAACUCAAACCAAGAGCCUGUGAGCUCAGGGACGUGUUUCCCCGCCACGGCACAGGGAGGGUCACCUCGUCCGUGCUUCUGCUCCUCCACUUGACCAGUCUUCAGGGAAAGAAACGGUGUCCCCAAAUGAGAUCUUAAUCACCAGGUCUGUGGCUCCUUUUGCGUCCUUGGCUGUGACAGGGAGCGCGAGGCGUUUUUCCCCGGCACGCAAAUACAGUCGUAGUUAACAAAACUCUCCUGACACCUACAUGCGGACCUGUCAGAGCCGCCCCCCCACCCCAGACCCCGACACACACAGCUGCACAGGGAGUCGAUGCUGGUGGUAAAAUAUUGAGUGGCCCCUUAGCAACAUCCGUCACGAACACAGCCUUUCCCCCUACGAAAUGCAGUUCCGAUUUGAAGCUUGGUAGACUCAGCACUUGCUUCAGAGAAGCAAAGGUAACAGACCUUCCAGAAUUUCCAUCUUCCCCGGAGACACGGAGGCCCGGUACUAUCUGCUGCGGGAGGGCGGAGCUGCCGUGUUUGCCAGGGCGUCUGUCUGCGCAGGCAGCCGCACACCCGUCAUGAGCAGGCGUGCCACGGGGGGCUGCGGAUCCCUCACCUGUCCGACACCGUGGAGAAUGGUCCAAGAGCAGAACAAGGGCCUUACGGUCUCAGAGCCACCGCGACAAUGUGGACGAGCAAGUCUGUGGGCUGUAACCGCCCUCUCUCGUGUGAGUUCUGUGCUGGAACCAUGAGAGCGCUCCUCUUCCCCGGACAGUUUAGUCUGUAGCUGCCUAAGACUUGUCUACCCGGCUUCUGCCACCUGUGUCUUCUGAUGUUUUUCUUAGUGCCUAGAAACGCCUGGGACAUCGCCUUUACCAGGAAGCCAGUAACUGCUUCUCUGUUCUCGCCUCUCUCCUCCUAAAAUUAGUCGAGGAACAGCACUCUGAAUUGGUGACUGUUCUUAAAGGAGACGCAGUUUUGUUUUAUUUGUAUAUGUUUUCUCAC